UUUUCUAUACUUGUUUAUACUUGUAAUAUUAUAAAAUGGAACUUGUAAAAUUAAAUGAUGAAAAUUCUUUUGAUCCAACACCAAAAUUAAAAUCUAGUCCCGUACCGAUUUUUUUUGCUUCAUUUAAUUGGGAAGAUAAAAAUUGUUUUCAUUGUGGAGAAGAGUAUGAAACGACUAUUUAUCAUCAUCAAAGUUAUUGCAAAAAAUGUUUAUCUAGUUAUUUAACCAAUAUAACUGAUAAUAAUAUGUACUUAGACGUAUAUUUAAACACAAAGGAAUUGGAAUGUAAUAAACAUGAAGUAAGUAGAACAAAAGUACCACAAAAUAUCCAAGAAUGCUGUAAAAAUUGUUUGACAAUAUUAUGUUUUAAACAAAUAGCUGGGUAUUAUUUUUAUUUGGAUAUGAGUAGUGUUCUAUACAAAAAUUUAAUUGAAAGCGACAAAUAUUGUAAGCUAUGUGAAAAAUUAUUAUAUAAAGAAACAGUCGAUAGAAAUACAAAUGAGAUAAUAUUGUGUUCAAGUUGUUAUCUAAUAUCUUCCGGAUGUAUCGAAUCAACCUUUACUAAAAAAUUUAUUUCAAUUAUUUAUUUACCAUGGUGGGAUGAUACAUCUCAGUGUCAUUAUUGUGAUGGAAAAUUAGUAUUUACAUCAAACUGUCAAAAGUAUUGUAUGAUUUGUUAUAUAUUUUCUAUUGGGUGUAGAUACUGUUUAACAACAAAUAUGAUUUUUGGAUAUACAAAUCAAUCGCAAUGUAAAAAGUGCAAGAGAAUAUCAACUAUUACUAUUGAUAUUAGAAAGAUUAUUAGUGGGAAUAGCGUUUUAGAUGAUUUUCUUUUUAGUACAAGAUCAUACUAUCAAUCAGCAAUAACUAAAUUUAUUGGUAAAGUAAAAAAUAUUGAUAAAUGGUUCUCGUCAGUUAUAACUGAUUCUUUAUAUGAUGGUAUUGAAGCAUAUUUUUUUAUGCAUUAUAUACCAUAUUCUCAAUUUACAAAUGUAAAAGAAUUAGCGGAAGGAGGAUUUAGUAUUGUGUAUCAAGCAACUUGGUUAGAUGGUCCAAAAAAUAGUAAUAAAAUUGCUAUUUUAAAAAGAUUUAAAAAUUCUCAGGACUUUAGCAAGUAUUUUAUAAAUGAGUUAAAGUCGAAUUAUCAUUGUUAUGAUGGUUAUUUGAUUAAAACUUAUGGUUUUACAAAAGAUCCUCAAUUAGAUAUUUAUAUAUUAGUUAUGGAUUAUGCUCAAAAAGGAGAUUUACAUAAGUAUUUACGAAAAAACUUUACGGAAAUUAAUUGGCAUCGUAAAUUAUUUAUCCAUAAUUAUAUUGUAAUGGGGCUUCAGGGUAUUCAUGAUGAAAAUUUCAUACAUCGAGAUUUCCACAGUGGAAAUGUGUUGGUAAGUUCGGAUAACUAUUGUAAAAUCGGAGAUCUAGGAUUAUCACGACCUGCAAAUGAUAACCAAUCUGAUAAUGAAAUAUAUGGAGUGAUACCUUAUAUUGCACCAGAAAUAUUUAAAGGGUCUGGAUUUUCUAAAGAAUCUGAUAUUUAUAGUCUGGGUAUGAUUAUGUGGGAACUGACAACAGGUUGUAAGCCUUUUGCUAAUUUUGAACAUGAUCAUAGUCUUAUCUUUAAAAUUAUUGAUGGUGUACGACCUGAAAUUACAAAAGAUACACCGGAAUGCUAUGCUAAUUUAAUGAAAAGUUGUUGGGAUCCUGAUCCCAAAAAAAGACCUUCUAUAGAUGAAAUUGAUGAUAUUAGUCAUACAUGGUAUCGUCAAAACAAUCAUGCUGAUCAAUUGGUUCAGGCUGAUUUAAUAAGGAAAGAGUUAAUAGAUUCAAAGAAGCUUGGUCCUGAGUUCAGUGAAAAGCCUCAUUCAAAAGCUAUUUAUACAAGUAGAUCAUUAAAAUCUUACAUUUCCAAGUGUUCAUCUAUAUUUUCUAAAUGUUCAUCAAUAAAUUUUACAUCAAAUGAUGAUUACAUUUCAGAAGAAUUAAAAUUAGACAUAGAUAUUGAAAGUGGACUCAACUCACUUGGAAUUAAGAGAAAUAUUGAAGAAUUAAAUAUUAAUUCUUGUGAAAAUAAUGGAAAACGCAUUAAAAAUUAAUUUCAGUUAUUUAUGAACUCCUCUUAAAUCUCUCAAAAAAAAAAAAAAAAUAAUGCAGAACUUUGUAAAUCUUUAUUUUUAGUAAAAUGUUUAAAUUUGAUUUACAAGGCGCAGGUAAAAUAAUAAAUAUGUUGGAAAAAAUUCUUACCAGUUAAAAUUGACUUAACCAAACCCAAACUUGAAACGAUUGACAAACCAAAAGUUGUUUCGUGUAUAGAACUAAUAUUCACUUCAGCAAUUUAUUCAUGAAAAAAUAAUGUAGGAUUUGUAGUCAACAUAUUUUUCAUUUAUAUUGUCUAUUAUAAAAAUUUUUUAUUUAUAUUAAUUAAUUAUUUAUAUUAUACUAUAUAUUGCGUUAAC